UUAAAAAUUCCCUAAACAAAACCAAAACCAACAAGAAAUUCUACAAGGUCGAAAAGUAAUUAAUUUAUUAUAGCAACGUAUACACAGAAGCGAUUUACUAACUAAAUUAGUGCAACUAACAUUUAGUUUUAUGUGCAAAGCCAACGAAACAAGAGCAUAAUACACACAGAACCAGUUCAGGAACCAGUUCCAGCAGAACGCCAUGGACGAAAUGCCAGAUUUGUCGCAUCUGACGCCGCACGAGCGCAUGCAAAUAGAAAAUGUGCUCAUGCGGCAGAAGCAGGAGGAGGAGAAGCAAAAUGAGAUAAUGCGACGCAAACAGGACGAAGUUGUUACGCUGGAGAUGCAAAUCAGGCAGCGAUCCGAGCAGCAGAAGAAGGCCGGCGUCGAGCUGGAUGCCACCUGUCACAUAUGCCUUAAGACCAAGUUUGCCGAUGGCGUUGGCCACAUUUGCCAUUAUUGCAACAUACGCUGCUGCGCCCGCUGCGGCGGCAAAGUUACCCUGCGCAGCAACAAGGUAAUCUGGGUGUGUAUACUGUGCCGCAAGAAGCAGGAGCUGCUGUCUAAAACGGGCCAGUGGAUAAACAAGACGGCGGUGCAACAAGAUGGUUUCAUACGGCGCAUUGAGCCCGAUGGCAGCAGCGACAUCUCGCAGCAGGCCAUUGUCGAUCCACGCGAUACGACGGACAAGCGGCCCAAGCUGGAGCGCACGCGCAGCGCUGCUGAGAAGGAGAACCUGCCUAUGCAACGUGCGGGCAGCAUGCUGCGUCGCCAAUAUUCACAGCAGGAGCAGCCAACGAAUCGCCGUCUCUCCGUCUCCGACAGCGGCAUGGAGCCACUGAGUCCGGGCCAACAGCAGAUGCAGCAACAGCAGCUGCCACAGCGCCAACGCAUGCAACCAAUGAAUCCGCAGCAGGCGCAGCAAUAUCAACUGCAGCAGCAACAACUACAGCAGCAACAGCAACAGCAGCAGCAACUCGGCUAUGGCCAGCAACAGCAUCCACAGCGAUCGGGCGCCUACCCAGAAGAUGAUCCGCGUUACUAUCAGGGCGAGUUGGAUGGCCUAAUGCGACAGCAUCCACAUUUAGCUCAUCCCAGCCAGGUGCAGCAGCAGCCACAUCAGCAGCAGCAGCAGCAGCAGCAGCAGCAGCAGCAGCAGCAGCAACAGCAGCGAAUGCUGCAACAGCAACAGCCGUAUCAAGGAACCUCGACGCAUGCUCAGAUCCAUUCGCAACCUGCGCAGCUGAACAGUGGCUAUCAGAAGGCGCCACCGCUGACGCGCAAUCUAACGAUUAGUGGUGGCCAUGCCAUGGAUGCGACCACCUACAAUCAGCAGCAGCAGCAGCAACAGCAGCGGCGCUCCUUAGCUGGCGCUCAGUAUGCCUCGCAGCAGCAGCGAUCUUUCAGCAGCUCCGAGGAGGAGUUCCAGAGCCAUCUAAUGGCCGCGCAAGCGCAGGCGCAGGUCCAAGGACAUACAGUUACAGCUGGCAGCGACUACGACGGCGGGCGUCUACAGGUGCGCACGGACCCUUGGCGCCAGCAGCGCAGCCUCAACGAGCGCGAUCUCCUAACAGUCGGUUCGAGUGAUUAUCGUCUGUUGGGCCAGACGAAUCAGCGACUGUACGCCUCGGCGGAUCAGCGAGAUCGUUACGAGCUGCAGCUGCAGCAUCGCGAACGCCUGGAACAAUAUCCGCUGACGAGGACCGCACGACUUGACGUGCAGCAGCGCAACUCGCUCAAUCGCAGCAAUCACGAACGAGCGGCUGGAACUGGCGGAGCUGGUGGGGCUGGUGGGGUUGGUGGUGCAGGUGGAGCAACUGGUGCUGCCUUUCGUCGUGCACCGCCCUUGGCCGCGGCCAGUGGCUGCGGUGGUGGCAGCAGCAGCAGCAGCACCAGCAGCAGCUACUAUCCACAGAGCUACAGCAAGCCGCAGAUUGUAAUCGGAUCAGGCACUGCCUAUGAACGUGGCACUAUGUCAGCAGCUGCUGAUGGAGUGCGAGGCAGCCUGAGCCGAGAGCGCGGCCUGCUUGGCGCUGGCGGCGGUGGGGCCGGUGGCGGCAGCAGCUCCCUCAGCUCCACAGAGGCGGCCUACUGGGAUGAGCCAGCCACUGGUGGUGGCAGCACAUCAUCAUCAUCGGCGGCGCAGGAUUCGCGCCGUUUUACCGAGCGCAGAAUAAAGAAAACUGUGCGUUUCGAUGCACACGACGAUGAGUCGUCGCUCCUGGUGGCAACAAACACAAGCGCCGGCACCUUGCCACCGGUUACCGCCAUACUGCCCUCGACGGCUGUGGAUGUGGGUACGGCCACUUUGCUGACCAGCACGAAGCUAACGCAGCCGCUGGAUGGCGAUUGGGCGCGUUGGGAGUCCGAGAGACAGGGUAGCCAGGACUCUGCCACUAAAGAUUCGGGUAUCGAUACGAGCAGCACCUUUACCAGCAGCGAGGACUCGAACCGCGGUGAUGGCCCCAAGAAUCCGGUGAAUUGGCAAACAUCCGCGGAUAAUACUCGCAUGAUUGGUCACAUGAUAUUACGUAAAUACUAUGAUGGGGAAGAUAUAUUAGGCUUAAAGGUGAACGGCGGCCAGCCCGUGGGUAUCGGAGGCCCAUGCAGAGCCAUUGUGGAGAAGGUGAAACGCGGUUCGGUGGCCGAUCUUGAAGGCUGCAUACGACCAGGCGACGAGAUCAUCGAAUGGAACGGACGCAGCCUGCACAGCAAAAGUGCAGAUGAGGUCUACGACAUUAUCGACGAGAGUCGUCUGGAUGCGCAGGUGGAAUUGAUGGUCAGUCGAUCGCUGCUGCUGCCACCCGCUGGCACUGGCAGCGUUGACAGUGGCGGCAGCAGCAACGUUAGCCCCAGCAGCGCUUGUUCUGGCUCAGGGAGCAGCGUCACCCGGCGUUCCUCGGCCAACUUUCCGCACAGUGGCUUAGCAAGCAGCAUGGCAGCCAGCGCAGUGGUCAGCAGCGGAGGCCGUUACCUACAGCGUAAAGCACCUGCCGUUGAGGCUCUAGAGCUGCAUCGCGAUAAGCCGAGCGUGCUGAUCACCUCGCCCGGGUCUCCGGAUCUGCACGUCGGUGGUUCGAGCAACGGACUGCGUCAUCGUGGCGCUGGCAUUGGUAGUUGCUCGCAGCAGCUGCAGCGUUUGGAGGCCAGCAGCCAUAGCCACAGCCACAGCCACAGCCACAGCCACAGUUACAGCAGCCACAGCCACAGCAGCAGCGGCAGUAACAGCGGCAGCAGCAGCAACAGUAGCGCCACCGUCGCCGCCUCGGGCGGCGUGCACAGCGCAACGACGGCGGGCCAUCAUCAUCAUUGUCAUUCGACAGCGGCAUCACCGCCAUCGCACGCGCAUUCGCAUCCUCACCCGCACUCACACGCGCACGCCCACUCGCAUCAUGGGCAUGGCAUGGGCGUGACCACGCAGCCGAUACCCAUCGAAGGUCGGCUGCAGCUGAAGCUCGGCUACGAUCAGACUACCUUGCAGCUUAUCGUAACGCUGGUUUGCGCCACGGGUCUGUCGCUGCGUCAAAGCGGCGCCGGGCGCAAUCCCUAUGCGAAAGUGUUCCUUCUGCCAGAUCGCAGCCAGAAGGCGAAAAGACGCACGAAAACCGUCGGCACCACCUGCGAACCAAGGUGGGGUCAAACGUUUCUUUACUCAGGUCUGCGUCGUAGCGACCUUAAUGGUCGACAGCUGGAGGUCACGCUGUGGGAUUACGUGCGCUAUGGCGCGAACGACUUUAUCGGCGAAGUGGUCAUCGAUUUGGCCCAUCACAUACUCGACGACGAGGCCGAGUGGUACCAGCUGCACCCGCAUCAGGAUAGCUCCCAUCUCUUACGUGACGAUGGCAGCGAUGUGGAGUGCCUGAUUUUGACACCGACAGAUCAUUUAUCACCGCCCAGCACGAUGUCGCGUCUGAGCGAUUCGGACACAACGUCCGAGUGCGACAUCGAUGGAACGACGCCCGGUGCCAGCAUUUCAUCAAUGGGCAGCUCUGCCAGCCCGCCGCUGUUCGAGCUCGAUCUAAACGAGCGUCGGUCCAGACGAGACAUGUCGCCCCAGGGUCGCAAACGGGUGGCCGGAAUGGUAGCCAGAGAUUAUCGCACAGUAUCUGGCAUUGGACAAAGUUAUCACAAUCAGUCUUCUGCCACGGGUUACUAUCGACGCGGCGGUGCCAAUGGAGUCGGUUCGGCUAUCGGACCUGGUGGCAUGAGCCUGAGCCAGCGCAGCCACUCGGCAGCUCCCAGUGACAACUAUCACGCUCAUCAAGGACAUCCGGGCUCAGGCUACGGCUACAGGAGCAGCAGUCCACGGCGUGGAUCGCUUUCGCCGCCCGACGAUCGUUACAUUGACUAUCCAGUGCUUCCAAUACACGGGUCACCCAACGCCACGGCCUACGGCGGAGGCAGCGGAGCUUCGGCGGCGGCACAGACUUCUCAGCAACAGCGUUUCCAAUCCCGUUCUGCCACUGCCACACCUACGGGAUCGCCCAAGAAGCGACAACUGCCACAGGUGCCACAAACCUCUCGCAGCGCUAUGUUGCGCGAUCGAUUAGGACAGGACUUUGACGAGCGCUUGGCAUCGGGCAGCCGUUUUGGUCGGCAUCGCACACGGCAGCCGCACCAUCAGGCAACAUAUCGUAGCACCGGCAUGGGUGGUUGGGAGCGACAUUACACAGGACUUUCGGAUAGUGAUCUGCAGUCGAUGGACACGCGGAUGCGGCCGAGGCAUUCGCUCUCGCCGGACAAAGACUUUAUGGGCGAGUUUGGUGACUCCGACAUGGAGUCGGUGGUCAGUGUGACGUCGAGUGCAUUCUCCACGCAGUCGGAGCGACCGCGGACCUCGCGCGGCCUCAGCUUUCCACGUAACUGGCGCAAUCUUUUUGGCGCCCACAAUAGCAUACUGGGCGGUGCCGUUGGGGGCCCUGUGACUGGCCUUAAGGUCUAUCCCGUUGACCACCACCGCGCGAACACCAUUGAGGUGGAUGACUGUGACUAUCUAUCUAAUGGUGGGGGAACACAUCAGCUUUUGCUGCUGGAACAGCUCGAGCAGUUGCAACAGCUGGCAGCCCUGGCAGCUGCAGAUUCGCCGCCCAAUACCGCCGUGUUGGGAGGGUUCAGCGGUGCAGCAUCAGCUGCCCCACCUCCAACCACAACAGUAACACUGCCAAUGAGCACAGCACAGCAGGUACUCGUGACGGACACAAAUAGCGGCGAGCUGAUCGAACAGUUUUUCGUGGAGCCAGGCCUAAUUGCGGAGGAGACGGCGCUCAACAUCGAACCACACGAUCCCCAUUUGCAUACGCAUAACGUUUACUAUUCGCCUCAUUUACCCAACACAUUCAUACAGCCGCCGCUUGACAUGUACCAACGACGCCACAACGGACGCCAGCUCGACCACGCCCCCACCAUAGCCACCGCCAACGCAACCACUCAUGCGAAUCUCACCUAUGCGCUGCCCAGCUUUGAGCAAUUCAAGCGCUAUACCUCGCCCGUCAUGAAUCUCUUUCGCAGCUCCUCAACAGCACCACCAGCGUCCCAUGCCCAUGACCACGCCCACACGGUCUCCUCCUCGCCCAGCUCGUAUGUGGGCUACGUACGUGAUCAUCUGGACAAGAGCUGCAGUCACUGCCAGAAUGGUAGCCAACCGGUGGUGCUAUCCACAAACACAGCACUGGCCACGCCCGGUUUGGCUAUAGGGGCGUGCACCGAUCCCUGUUGCCUGGCCGAUGCGCAUCCCCAUCCACAGCAUAAGCCCAUCGCGUAUCCCUAUAGUGCGGAGCAGCUGCUGCGUCGCCCCUCCCUCUCCAUGUAUCAGCCGGCAAGCAGCUCGGAGCCCUCACUGUCCACCAUGGAUCCGGAUCCCAUGUGCGGUGAAUGUGUUGAUCAGCAUUUCUUGGGUGGCCUAAUUGGGCCGCAGCUCAAUCUGGGCGUGGUGCCCACCUACCAUGUGCACACGCCAACGCCAACAGCUCAUCGGCGAGCGAACUCACAGCUCGCUGCGCCCCCACCACUGCCCACCCAAUCCGUGCUGCGGCUCUCGCGACAGUUAAGCGAGGAUGCGCUCGUUUCAGCGGUGCCCAUAGCAGAAGCCACGGCACGGGCUCAACCCACAUCGAUUCUAAAGAAACCCAAGCUGGACAGACGUCGCAUGUUCCACGAGGGUCAGUCGCGCUCCCUGGACUACGAUGACUUGCACACAAAGAGCUGGGGUAGGCGGCGCAUACGUUACGAGGAUGAAGUGGCACCACAUGAACUGAGAGCCCACACCUAUCAUCCAACUGAAGAACAGUUACCCAGCAGUCGCCGAUACGGCUCCGAGACGAAUAUACGUCAAUCGUAUAUGGGCGCCAAUGUAGAUGCGGCCAAUCCGCUGAGUCAUUCGCACUUCUUGGUCACCGACGACAAGAUCGUGACCAUCACCUACGACUCGGAUGUGGGCUGGACCCGACGCGGCGUAGCACCCUCCCUCUUCCGGGCGCCACAUCGUCGCGGGAUCGAUGCACGCAAUCACAUGUCCCUCGAUCUGCAGCGCACCAGCCAGCAGAAGCUCUAUGGACCCGCAGCGCCCUACUUGAAGCGGCGUCGCAAUCUUCCACAUCCACCUAGUGCGCAAAAUGCGCAUAACUUUUCGCCCAUGGAGGCAGUCAGUGGUGUCGGUGGGGGCGGUGCACAGAACAGUGGUACAUACAACAGUAACAAUCACAACAGUAGCCACUACACCAAUCACAAUAACCAAGCAGCGAGUAGUGUUAGUAGUGUUAGUCAAUUUCACAACAACAACCAACAGAAACAACAACCACAAUCAGUUAGGCAAAAAGGGAAAGAAGGCAUCAUCGCCAUAAACGGAAUGUUGGCAUCGGCAUCGGAACAACUGACGAAAUCUAGUGGUGGGAGCGGUGGUGCAACAUCUGCCGCAGCUGCCGCUGCCGCUACUGGUAAUAUCGUCUGCGAUGGUAAUAAUGCUAAUAAUGCUUCUUCUUCCUCUUUUGCAAAUCCCCCACAACAACAACAACAACAUCAUGGUGUCGCUAAUCAACCAAUAACAACAACAAACGCAUCACCCAAUAAACGUGCCCCAUCAUCAACACACAAUACCACAACAACAAACGACGCCAACAACUUGACCCAUGACGCAACAUCAACUAAUUUCACACAACAACAACAACAACCACCACCACCAAAUACAUGCACAAAUCUCAUCACAAAUGCAACAACAAACACAUCGUCGAAUGAUGCGGCAACAACAACAACAACAACAACGACGACGACAACGAUAACAACCGCAACGACUGCUACAACAACUGCCACAAAUACAACAACAACAACCACAACAACAAAUACAAAUAACACGAAUGAACCAAACGCAACAACAACAACAACAACAAAUGCUAAUACGAAUGCUAAUGCGGAUGCGGAUGCGGACGCGGAUGCUGCCAUCGAUGUUAUCGAUUGGGAUGCAAUCGAUGCAAUGCUCGACGACGAUUUCAGUGAGUACGACAAGGAGAAGAACGGCGCCAACGAUGCGAGUGGUGCCAAAUCAGCCGAUGGUGGUGGCGGAACUGAAGAGAAAGCCGAUGGCAGCCUGUCAGACACCACAACGGAUCGCAAGAAAUGCGGCAACGUGGAUCAGGAACGAUCGCCCAAAGGCGGCAGCGGGAUGGGUAAAAAAUCCAACUCGACGUCGCAGCUCUCGGCAACAGGUCGUAAAAGACGUAUGGGCUUUGGAAAGAAGGGUAAGAACUCGUUCACGGUGCAUCGCAGUGAAGAGGUGCUGCCUGGUGAUAUAACGCGCGAGUUGCGCUCAGGCGGAGGUGCCGGUUGUGCCAGCGGUGUUGCUGGCGGGGCCGGUGGCGGUGGUCUAUCCCGUGGUUCAUCCUCGGAGGCGGACCCCAUUGAACAGUUUUUCGGCGAUGGCGCUGGUGGGGAAAGAUUUUCACCAUCAUUACGCAAUGAUGGAGCCCUUAAUGAGUUUGUGGAUGGCCUGGGACCCGGGCAACUGGUUGGUCGUCAGGUGCUAGGUGCCCCUUCACUGGGUGACAUACAGUUGUCGCUGUGCCAUCAGAAGGGCUUUCUCGAGGUCGAAGUUAUACGUGCCAGGGGCUUGCAGCAAAAGCCCUCGUCUAAGAUGUUGCCCGCGCCCUACGUGAAGGUUUAUCUGGUGUCGGGCAAGCGUUGCAUCGACAAGAUGAAAACCUCAACGGCUCGUCGUACGCUGGAUCCUCUUUACCAGCAGCAAUUGGUAUUCAAGCAGUCGUAUAGCGGUUGCGUAUUGCAGGUGACCGUUUGGGGCGAUUAUGGCCGCAUCGAAAAGAAAGUUUUUAUGGGUGUGGCACAGAUUAUGCUUGACGAUCUGAAUCUCUCGAAUAUCGUUAUCGGCUGGUACAAGCUCUUUGGCACCACCUCACUGGUCAGUUGUCCCACUAAUAUAGGUUUAGGCUCUAGGCGCUCAUCAAUAGCCUCACUCGACUCACUCAAACUCUGAACUAAAACUCAACUCAACUCAA